AUGUCAAGUUUGUUCAGCAAGGACGAUUUCACCGCUGAAGUGGCCGUAUCGCAUUUACCCUUUGACCUGGCAUGUCUCGAUAGCGUACCCUUGGCCGGCGCAAACUCACAGCGAAACAAGGCAAAAUACUCCAAGACAUUUCGAAACAAGGCCAUUCCCAACCGGUUGAUUUCUACUGUCCACCCGGAUUUGGACACGCAUCACAAGUAUUUCAACCAUGCCGCGGCGAAAUUUAAAGAUAGGCCCUGCUUGAGUGCCAGACCAUAUGACUACACCACCAAGACACUGGCUGACGUUUACGAGUCAUUGAGCUAUAACCAAGUUUUCCAACGCAAAAACAAUAUUGGCGCUGGCAUUCUCAGGUCAUUGACUCUGAACCCCUACUUGGAUCUACACUUGGAAUCGCAUCGGAAAAUCAAAAACCAUUUACGAGAUUGGCCAAGCUAUGGGAUCCCCAAUUACCAACGCGAUAACCACGAUUACCAAAUUGAAAAAAGCUGCUCGUUUAUACUUUCGAUUUUUGCCGUUAACAGAUUGGAAUGGGUCCUCACUGACUUGGCAUGCUCGUCGUACUCCAUCACGACCACGGCGUUGUAUGAUACUUUAGGACCAGAUGUUUCGCAAUACAUCUUGGAUUUGACAAGCUGCCCAAUUGUGGUUUGCACUGCCGAUAAAGUUCCCGUGUUGUUGAACUUGAAGCAAAAGUACCCCGAGGAAACAAAGUCGUUGAUUUCAUUAGUGGUGAUGGAUCCAAUCGAAAUUAUCAACGAGGAAAUGUUGCAAUUGGCAGACAUGUUGAAAGUGCAACUUCAAGACCUCGCGCAAAUUGAGCAAUUGGGAAAAGAAAACCCCAUGCAUGAGUUACCACCCUGCCCAGAUGCGUUAUUCACACUUUCGUUCACGUCGGGCACCACCGGCUCCAAGCCCAAGGGAGUCAUGGUUCCUCAACGGCAAGCAGCUGCAUACAUCACCUUUUUGACCACGAUUGAGCCGCCGGCUCAAUUGGGCGAUCGAGCUUAUGCGCUUUUGCCAUUGACCCAUAUAUACGAGAGGCAGACGAGCGCCUUUGGAUGGACAAAUGGCUAUUGUAUUGGGUUCCCGCAAACCACCGUUGGCCAAACCAAGAACAUGAACACUUUUAACAACAUGAUUGAAGACUUACAAAUCUUCCAACCAACUUAUAUGUCGAUUGUGCCGCGGUUGCUCACCAGGUUGGAAAACUUGACGAAGGCGCAAAUUGCGCAAUUGAAUGUUGCUGACCAAGCGCGAGUCAAUGAGAUUAUCAAGUACAAGGUUAGGGAACAAGGUAAAGCCGAUGGAGCAACGGGGUUUGACGCAACGUGGGACUCGUUUCCACCGUAUGAAAACUUACGCAGGCUGAUUGGAUUCGACAAGAUGCGCUGGGUGCAAACUGCAUCUGCGCCAGUCGCGUCAUCAACGCUAGUUUUCCUCAAGGCAAGUCUCAACAUGGGGAUCCGUCAGCUUUACGGCUUGACGGAAUCAGGGGCCGCAAUAACAACCACGGGCGCCUAUGAAGCUAAACCUGGCUCGUGUGGCUCCAUCUCUCCCACUGGUGAAUACAAGUUGCGCAAUGUGCAAGACAUGGGAUACGAUAUUGGGAAAUUACAAGGCGAGAUCAUGUUGCGUGGGCCGCAAAUGUUCAAAGGCUAUUAUUACAAUCAAGAAGAGACGAACAAGGCCGUCGAUGAAGAAGGGUGGUUCCACUCGGGUGACAUUGCCACCAUUGACUCCCAUGGCCGAAUCACAAUCAUCGAUCGAGUCAAGAAUUUUUUCAAGAUGCAGCAGGGGGAAUACGUGUCGCCGGAGAAGGUUGAAAACCGCUAUCUUUCCAAUAACCCGAUUAUUUCGCAGCUUUACGUUCAUGGCAACUCGCUUAAACCUUAUUUGAUUGGCGUCGUUGGCAUCGAGUACGAGCAGGGGAUCAAGUUCCUCAAUGAGCAAUUGGGGAUGAACGAUUUGGGUGGCAUGUCCCUGGAUGAGCUCUUGCAAGUAAUGAAUUCUCGAGACGCCAAGGUUCGGUUAUUGCUGAUUUUAAACGCGAAUGUGCGCCAGCAUUUGAAUGGGUUUGAGUUGCUUCAUAACGUGCAUAUUGAAAUCAACCCGCUUACUGUUGAGCGAGAGGUUGUUACGCCCACAUUCAAGUUGAGGAGACCUGUGGCACAGCGGUUCUUUGCGGAUGUCUUCCAUAAGUUGUAUGAGAUUGAACAGUCUUUAGUUGCUGAUUUAAAACUUCAAAUAGCUAAACUAUAG